UCCAACGGUCACUGCCCGCAAAACUCGGUCCCGACUCAACACCAUCAUCAUCAUCAUGACCAAGUCCCCAACUGACUCCCCUUCAACCCAAGACACCACCACUCGUACUUGUUCAACCCCUGACAUCCCAAUUGAGAUCAUCCCAGACGAAGAAAUGGCCCUCAUUGAAGCUGCUUUCGCCUCUGCAACUCGGACCAUUUCCUCCUUGACUCGAUUUCAAAGAAAUAUUACAGCUCCGCCUAAUGAUAAUAUACGGUCUAUAAAGUCCAUAACUUUAUUGUCCAAAAAGCGGAUUUCCAGAUGUAGCCGAACUGGGUCUGACUCGGUGGCAGAUAUAGAGGACUCGGGUGGUGAUGAUGGGCUAACUCAGAAGAAGAAGAAGCAGAAUCGAGUUCACGGCUCACUUUUGCAUAAAUUUAGGAGGAAAAGAGGCUUAUCUGUUACUGAUAUUACUGCCGGGGAAUGGUGUGAGAAACAAAUGGAGUUUACUCUGAACCUUGGCAGAGCAAAAUCAAAUAAAGCUAUGGAAGCUGGUAUUGCUCGCCAUGCAGCACUUGAAGAAGAGGUUGUCAAAAAGGUCAAAAUCCAUGCUGCAUCCGUUGAAGACACAUGGGCUGUGAAGUUUAUGAAUUUUAUACUUGGGGCAAAUCAGUUGCUAUUUGAUGGACUGACGCGUGAAUUGCCUUUAGUAAGCUUUGAAGAAGGUCUAUGGAUGGUGGGAGUAAUUGAUGAAAUUCGAAUGCCUGUUACAGAAACUGAAAGAUAUCCUACAUUAGUUGAUACAAAAACUCGUGCACGAGCAAAGCUUCCUACUGAAGCACAACAGAGAAAUGGAAGGCUUCAGUUGAUGUGCUACAAGCGUCUGUGGGACAAUUUAGUGGCUGAUAAAUUUCCUUCUGGACAGUUUUUUGAUUUCUUUGCUUUGAAUCCUCACGUCGUUCUUUCAGAUGAGAUCAGAGAGCACACAGCCAAAUCAGGUUUUCCUGCAGAUACUCUGAAUGAUUUGGUGGCAUACUAUCGAAAUACUUGUUGUAUGCUGCCUCCAGCUCAGGACCAACUGUUACUAAGGUAUGAAUACCAAGAAGAUCAAUCUUUAAUCGGUGAAGAUCAGUUUGCUUAUGAUGCUGAUUGGCUCAAUAAUCAACUCAAGUCUUGUCUGGAGUUCUGGCGAGGGGAACGAGAACCCAGUUAUGCUGCAGAAGAGGAGCGGUGGAAAUGCAACUUCUGUAGUUUUUAUUCCCAGUGUCCAGCAAACUCCAAACUUGAUCCACCUAGCUAAAGAAGUAGCCGAAAUAUCAAUUUUUUCACAAGGGUUGCAUUCGAUCAGAUUUCAGAUUCGAACUGGAAUGCUUACUUUGAAGGAGCAUGAAUUUGCUGAUGAGCUUCUUCGUGGUUCAUUUGGCAGUUCUUGUCGGUCAUCUCAAAUUACUGAUUUAUUCAUUCUUGUACUACUGUACUCUCAGUGCUGCUGAGGGAUUUGAUUAUUCAUUGUUGUAGCAAGAAAAUGUCACUGAUCUCCUUGAUCGGUUAUUUGUCAUUGUUGUCCCACCCAUUGUAGGAUGGUGGGACGGGAAUAUUAAGCGGUUUGCUAACAGGAUGGAAUAAUCGAUGCUUACUGCAUCAGAAAACCAUUAAUACACAUAUUUGGCUGCUAUUUUCAUUUCUUCCA